CGCUGUUCUGGCGCCAGGAACGAAAAGGCGACGCUGCCGAAGAAGAGCGCGAGCGAGCGAGCGAUUGAAUGAUUCCAUGCGAUGCCAUGAAAGCGAGGGAAGAUUGCCCCGCGACGUCCCAUUGCUUCGCUUGAGGCUCGACAUCUGCCCGCCCGGUUGUUGUUAUGUGCUCAGCGUCGUCUCGCCUCAAGAUUUCUCUCGAUGUUCUGACGGCGUCUGCGCACAAAGAUUUGGUUUGAAUUGCCAGUGAUCGGCGUUGGUCUCGGUAGCUCGCGUCGUCCGGCUGGGGGCGUGGUGAACGCUUGCAUGUAGUGCGAUGGGUUCGUAUUUUAGGUGCGCAUGGCAUGGCAGCUCUAGGAGGAAUGGACAAUAGGAGGUGGUGGAAUUUUUGCCGAAGAGUUAAGAGUGAUUUCUCGCCUUGGGCGUCUGCUGGCGAUUACGAAAUUUAGCGUCAUUGUUGAAACGUACUGGAGAUUUUCUAGCUUGUAAUGGGAUGAUAGAUGUGGGCUGCCGAUGAGAGAGAGGUCCGAGGACAGGUACGAAGGCAAGAACAUGUGAAUACGAUAGCGUAGAGGAUUCCGAGUUUGUGCUGCGUUCAGGAGGUUUGUGAUAUGCCCACAGAACGAUCAGGCGCUGGACAGCUGUGGAAGCAUUCGGCAGAUUCUAUUAUGCAUAGAAGGAGAGGCGUUUGUUCCAUGCUUUGAAACAGAGUUGGUGGUGGGCAACAAUGGGGGUUGAGAACUAUCAUGUUGUGGAGCUCGUUGGAGAGGGCUCCUUUGGCAAAGUGUACAAAGGAAGGCGGAAAUACACCGGGCAGACUGUGGCUAUGAAGUUUAUACUCAAACACGGCAAAAGCGACAAGGACAUCGAGAAUCUGAGACAGGAGAUCGAAAUUUUACGGCAACUGAAGCAUGAAAAUAUAAUUGAGAUGCUCGAUGCAUUUGAGAGUCCUCAGGAAUUCUGUGUGGUGACGGAAUUCGCCCAGGGCGAACUCUUUGAGAUCCUCGAAGAUGACAAGUGUUUGCCAGAAGCCCAAGUUCAAGCUAUCGCCAAACAAUUGGUGAGAGCAUUGCAUUACCUUCAUUCGCAUCGAAUCAUCCACCGGGAUAUGAAACCACAAAAUAUCCUGAUCGGGGCUGGUGGCAUUGUGAAGUUGUGUGAUUUUGGAUUCGCGCGAGCAAUGUCCUGCAAUACAAUGGUCUUACGAUCGAUUAAAGGUACUCCACUGUACAUGGCACCUGAGCUGGUUCGAGAACAGCCGUACAAUCACACAGCUGACCUUUGGUCCCUAGGGGUUAUUUUGUACGAAUUGUAUGUGGGGCAGCCUCCGUUCUACACAAAUUCUGUGUACACUCUGAUUCGUCACAUUGUCAAGGAUCCAGUGAAGUACCCUGAUACCAUAAGCACCAACUUCAGAAGUUUUCUCAAAGGCUUACUUAACAAGGUUUCACAAAAUCGGCUCACUUGGCCCGGUUUGCUGGAUCACCCCUUCGUCCGAGAAACUUCAGAUGAGGUGGCUGCUCGGGAAGCUCGUGCUGCCACUGCUGCAGCAAGAGGCUGCGAUGCAGCCUGGAGGGGCGAAGUGAACAUUACAUUGUCUUCUCCAGCAUCGGUUCGAAGCACAACCCAUUCCCAGGCGGCAAGCCCUGCUGGUAAAACUAGACCAACCCGAGACUUCCCAGAGUCUGCACCAGAAUCUCCUGCAGCUAAUAGUCCUGCACUUCAACCUUCAAACAAGAAUAAUCAACCUCAGCCACCUCCGGUGUCUCCGGUGAAUCAACCUGUUCCUCCGAAUGCCGCAGAGAUGUCUGUGUUGGAUAAGGUGGAAUUCACUUCUCGUACCGUCAAGGGAGCCCAAGUUGUUGGCCAAGAUCGCGGAGCCGUUGCUCACAUCCUUCAUUCGUUCCGAAACUUACAGAUUAAAGGAACAGCAGCCCUGUCGAGGCAAGAGAACACAAUUGUCCAACGUCCUUUGAUUCAAAAUGAUGAACAGUCGAGCGCAAAUGCCAACCAAGGCCUUCGGAUUUUGUCAAACUUACUAUCCGGUGGUGCUUUACAACAAAAAGUUGCCGUUGAAGAUGUGAUACCGGCUGUGCUAGGUCUUGUACGAGCAACAUUAGGCGCUAGCAACGGUCCACAUGUUGGCCUCCUGAUUAAAGGUCUAGCCGUGCUUCGUAAGCUCAUGGAGGUGGGUGGCAAUAGAGUGGAGACUUCAUAUCUGCACCACAGUGUGGCUAUAUUACGACUGUAUCCUCAGGCUGUGGCAUAUGCGCACGAUCCAUCGGGCCGUGUUCUCUACGAUUCAACUUCAUGUGUCUCUGUUCUGCUUACCAGAGUUGUCAGUGGUUUAACUAGCAUUCUGACACCAGAACAAGGUGAGGAGGGUGAGAAUCUAGGAGGCGCAGCGUCGGCAGAAGGUCAGAUCAUGGCACAAAUCAUCGGGCAGGCGAAGGCUGUCGGCACAGCUGACCACCUCUGUUCCUGCUUGAGUGCGACAGGGACAAAUUUAAUCUCAGCUUCCUCUACCUCAGCUCCUGUUGCUGGGGAAGCUUGUAAAGGUUUAUGGGCUUUAAUUAGUGGUCUGAACUUAACAAACGGGAAAGGUGAUCUAAGACAUGGAUUCCCUCUAGCAGUUCUGAAAGGUUAUGCAGAAACUUGGGCCGACGACAAGAAACUAGAGGACGAGAGUUUCAAACCAGAGGAAGGCAGCUCUGGAGUGAUAGAGAUGGUCACGGACAGUAUUUCGAAAUCCAAAAGUAUGCAAGUGGCCGUUUGCUAUGCUCUUCUGCACGGGUCCGAUAAUGCAUUAUCGGCUGUUAUGCAGGUAUUGCUCCGAUGUUGUGUCCUUUCUCCUGUUGUAUGUGACGUGCUCGCAGGCAUAUCUGCACAAGAGUCCCCUUCUCAAACACCUGUAAGUGGUGGAGGGGAUGGGACAGCCGUAGGUGCAAUAUUUCGAGUACUCUCAGUCCAUGGUUCGUCCUCAGCACCUACAAACAAUGGCUUCAAGGAGCCGGGUACUGCCGCAACCGAAGCUACUCUGAAGCUCGCAACGGAAGGUCUUCUUAAGCAAGCGUGUCUGGCAUUAGCUGCAAUCGCGCAAGGCUUAAUGACACAAGGUAGAAGAGGUGCUUCUUGCAUGCUCAGCGGAUCACAACCGAAACAAAGAGCUCGUCUCUCUGCCCUGGCUCAUCAGUCUUUGCUUGAUGUUGUGCCCAAAACGCCUCUAACAAUGUCGAGAAGCGCAUCAGCUGUUCUGGCUUUGUCAUCUAUACUUAGUCUCGAACAGGGAAUAGACAGAUUUGGUGGACCUUGCUGGGUCUCCGAGUUGGUACUUCCCCUGUUACCAUCAUACUCUGUAAUCCGAAGUUCUCUUCAGGUUUCUCCAGCUCAGUAUGGAGCUGAGGCACACCAAGCCUCAAGUGUGAACUCUGGGAUGCUCACUAGCUGGCAUGGAUUGAGGGAUGGUUAUGUUGGGGUUUUAGAGGCCAGGCUUCGAUGGGGUGGGUCGUCCGCAUUAGAACAAGCAUGCUCUGCUCAUAUUCCACUAGUCCUUGUCUCCCUUUUGGCUGGAGGUCUGAAAGGAAGCAGCGAGGAGGCAGAUGAGCCAGCUGGGCUUGGUGAGGACCUUAUUGGCUUAUCUCCCAGAGGAGUUGUGUGGGCUCUUUCGGCGAUUGCAUAUUGUUUACCAGGAGGAGGCUUCCGUGAUGUUCUUUUGAGACGGGAGCAGUUGCAGGCUUUGCUGGCGCUUGUUGAGAAGACACAUCUUACACAUGUCCAGUCAUGGGAGGGAGCUGGAGGUGGUAGUGAUGGUUUGCGAGAUACUGUACAUGGAGUUGUUAGAGUUUUAGAGUUUCCUUUUACAAUAUCGCAACAAGCAACUCCUACGUCACCACCUCCUGCCUCGGGGAACAGUACAGUCGCCGGAUCUGAUUCUCCUGGUGGUAAAAGAGGAAGCGAAGGAACGGAGCUCACGAGAACUGUAACUGCCAGUAUGCCUCAUUAUUGGCAGCUUCUUCAAGAGGUGAAUGUCGCCUCACCUUUGAUCAGGUGCUUGGAGAUGUUGAACAAGGACGACCUGGGAAGUCCUGUUGCCCUUAUUGCCAGGAUGGUUCAGAGUUCAAGAAUAUUGGCCGGGGACCUUGUGAAGGAAGGAUUUUUAAGCAGUUAUAUGAUGAGCAAGCUGCUGGAUCCGGCCUGUCCCAAGGAUGUCUUACGAGAUGUUCUUAUGACUGUUUCAAACCUUGCUCGGCUUUCUAAGGACUUUUAUGAGCCUAUCGGGCAAGCAAAUAUCUGGGAAGCCAUGAAAGUAUUCAUGAAUCAUGCCGAUCCAAGUCUAAGAUCGAAAGCAUGCAGCGUACUUGGAAACAUGUGCCGACAUACGCCUUAUUUCUAUGACGCCCUGGUUGAACAUGACAUAAUCAAUCUUCUCAUCGAUCGUUGCGCCGAUCCAGACAGACACACUCGCAAAUUCGCGUGCUUUGGGCUGGGUAAUGCAGCCUAUCAUAAUGAUGCACUUUACGAAGUACUGCGAAGGUCCAUCCCUCAUCUCACAAGCCUUCUGCAAGGAGACGAGGAAGAUAAAACGAAAGCUAACGCUGCGGGUGCUCUAAGUAACCUUGUCAGAAACUCAAACAAGCUCUGCGAAGAUAUCAUAAGCAAAGGAGCAAUGCAGGCACUAUGCCAAGUCAUAGCCGACUGUGCCAAUGCACCUGCAGGACACGAUAGACGGGGAGCAAGCAACAGCGAGUCGCCCCUAAAAAUCGCGUUGUUUUCUUUGGGGAACAUGUGUGUCCACGCAGCUUGCCGACAGUACUUGCGGUCACCAGAGCUUUUCCGGGUACUGUUGAAACUGAAGCAAUCAUCUGAUGCCACUGUUGUGAAAUACGUCACCCGUAUCACUUCAAAAUUUCCUGAUUCGUCUGCGAACCACCGAUAGAUCCUGAAUAUUCAACAAAUUCCAUCAUCCAUUGAUUGAUCCUCCUCUAUCAGGGUACUUAGAACCCUUCAUACAUUCCCUUGCACCUGAAAUCUUCCUUUCAUGAAGAAAAAGUAUUGCUCCACACUAGUCACCUUGAGCUCUCUCCUUUGUAGACUGAACGUCACGCGGAGGGACAAGAUAACUUGCUCUCCAAACGCAUUAGUUGACCCUAAGGGUCGUUAAUGUCCCUUUCAAUGAUUCACCAUCACCAUCCUUCGAUACUCAGAAAUUGUGUCUUCAUAGUUCUCUGCACACUGUAGGAAGUUAGCUGAGAUGCCUAGGCUUGAGCGGCUUGUAAACUAAUUGAGCGAUGAAGUAGUUCAGCGGCCAACCGUCCACACCUAAAUAGCGGCAGUUUUUUCCAAUUCUUGGACAAGGUUGAUUCACCUAGUACAUCCAUUUUCUGUACAAUACUAUACAUACAUAUGGCCCAACGACAAGUGAAGCUUCUGUACUCCGCGUCUAUUUCACCUAAAUGUUCGCCUCAUGUAUUU